AUGAUGGAAUCUUCCAACUUGUUAUUUAAAAUUCCCAUUUCAGAUAAAGUGUUGACAAAAAAUGUUAUAGCAACCUACAAAGUAACAUCACAAGCUGAAUGUUUGCUGCAUUGCUACAAAACUGAAGGAUGUCAGUCGUACAACUAUGAAUACACUCCCAUAUACAACACGGAGGGGAAACUUGGUCUCUGUGAGCUCAACAACAAGAGAAUGACUUCUUGUCCUUUGAGGAAAGUUAGGAAAGAAGGUCAUGGUUAUUUUGAAGAAAUGAAUGUCCCGGAGAAAGAGGUAUAAUUGUAAAUACAGGACCGCAGCCGCAGAUUUCGAUUCCUGCCCAGGGGCCGAUAGUUUUCGAAUUGGCCAAAUGUGGCAAAAAUCUGAAUUUUUCGACAGGUCCGGGGCCGCGGCAAAAAAUAAAAAAAUUUACAAUUUUUCUAGAAGGUGGGCAGACAACAUUGUUUUGAAAACUUCUUUCCUAGCAUACAUGUUCCCCAAAACACACGAUGAAGCUUUCAGUUCCGCAAUAAAGUUCAAGCUUGGGAAACAAACUAUACUGAAUUUUGAAUUCGUGACUAUUAUUUAGCUCUAUGGAUCAGAGAAAAAUCCUGGCUUGUCUUGCUUGGAUAUUAACAGUUGUCAUGACAACGAUGGCGAAUAUUGGGUGUCUUCUGAACAAACAUCUUGGAAUGUUACAAAAGUGUUCUGUUACAUGAACUCAGUAAAAGGUAAACGUUGUAAAAAAACAAUCACGGAAAUAAUAUACCAAUCAUACAUUGAUAGCGAGGGAAAUAUAAAAGAAGUGGUAACAGACAAAACAAGUAUGAGCAUAGUUACGACGAAAAUAAAUUCACAUCAACAAAGAAGAAUGUUAAUUUUAAAUAACAAUUGUGUUUUAUUAUGUUUGUGUUUUAUUUUAUGACAAUUAAGGUGUCAAUAUAAUUCAAUUUGAAACUAGCAGCCCACGUUAUCGCAAAUAGAUAAUGAGGCCACGCUUUUUUUUGUUGGAUAACAGAUUUUGCUCGCCAAUAUUAAAGGGCUGGAGGGCAAAAAUUAAAAAUUUAAAAAAUUGUCUGAUAUCUAAUACCACACGCACAGUGACAUGUACAUCCAAAGUCAAAGAGUACAGCGAAGAACAGCGAAGUAAGUGUUGAAGGUUUAGCCUGCAUAUCAGCUUGACUUUAUUGACUUUAUUUUAACUCAAAGACAUUUUACAUUUUUGGGUGUCUUGCAGGGAAAAUAAAUACUAAUACUUUCUAAAAUAUGGUUGAAUUAAAAAAAACCAACACAUCAAAUUAAACCGAUGAGCGGCACUUAUAUUUUUUUCCUGCUUUUUAAUGAAUACAUGCAAUGCCAGGAUAUCUAGUGUAAUCCAACAAAAAAAGCGUGGCUUGAAUAAAAGGAAAUAAAAUUGUUUUCAAUUCUUCCAGACACCAAUUUAAUCAACCUGGCCCAAGAUAAGUCUGCAAGUCAAUCCGCAACGUCAAAUGAUGCUCCAGCAGGAAGAGCUGUUGAUGGUAACAAAAAUACCGAUUUUCAUAAAUAUUCAUGUACGCACACACCGGGGCCGGGGACGAACUCCCCAUGGUGGCGAGUGGAUUUACAGAAUGUGGUAGGUAUAAUUGAAAGCUGA